AUGCUGGUUAUUACAAUUCAAAACCCUGUUCUAACCUUGGUGGGACUCAUAGGUAAUCUUAUUUCCGGUAUGGUGGUGGUUUCCCCCGUCCCAACAUUUUACAGGAUCUUCAAGAACAAGUCGACCGAAUCAUUCGAUUCAUUUCCAUACGUGGUUGUAUUAUUCAGUGCGACGAUGUGGGUUUACUAUGGCAUCCUUACACUUGACGUUCUCCUGCUCACCAUCAACAUUUGCGCUUGCGUAGUCCAAGUUAUCUUUCUCAUCAUGUUCCUUUAUUAUGCUCCAUCAAAAUCUCGGGUAUAUACGAUGAAGUUGAUACUGCUGAUCAAUUUGGGAAUAUUUGGCUCCCUACUUCUCAUCAGUAACCUAUUUAUCAAGGAAAGCAAACGAGAUCAGAUUACAGGAGGGAUAUGUGCGUCGUUAGCUGUCGCCGUCUUUAUAGCUCCCCUCACUAUCAUCAGGCAGGUAAUAAGAACUAAAAGUGUGGAGUACAUGCCAGUUUCACUAUCCAUCUUCCUCACGCUAUCUGCGGUUGCAUGGUUCAGCUACGGGGUUCUUCUUGGAGAUUUAUUCGUUGCGAUACCAAAUGUUUUUGGAUUCUUAUUGGGAGUUGGUCAAAUUAUCAUAUACUUGAUGUAUAUGAACCAUGACAAAGAGAGAUGUUCAAAGAUUGGGAACCAGGGCACUGAAGCGCCUGCGGACAUGGAGGUUCCUGAGGCGAAGAGCAACUCCUGCGAGCUUGCUCAGGCAUUGCCGCCAAUGUGCCUGUCCCACGUAUUGGGAUUUGGGGAAUUAUAA